AUGGACGAAGCUUUCCUGGAGAGACUCUGGGCCAAACUCUAUGCCAUUAAUACCAGCCCAUCCAGACGUGGCCCUCUCGCCCUGGACGCAACUACUCGUGCAUUAUACGAACGAGCCGCCGCUGAUCCGUCGUCUUUGUGUGACCAAGAUCGGAGAAAUAUUCUGGAAAGACCAUCCCGCGAAGAGGAGGAAUCUGUUUGCCAUGACGUUUGCGGCCUCACCGCGUCUGAGCUUAUUGCUAAAGCUGUUCAGGAUCCCGACUCGCUGUCUUACCGGGAGGUUGAUCUGAUAAUGCGUGGCUUCAAGAAGCACAAGGGCAUAGAGUACAUGCCUUGGCUCGACAGAAUAUCUCGAUACUCUCCAGAUGAUAGGGACCUGUGGCGUAAAGCUGAAAAAGCUGCCAAGACAAAGGACGAACUCGCCGCCGAAGAAGCCUGCUGGCCAAAGCGACUCGCAUGGUCCGACGCUCGCAACGCCGCCAGAGAGGCGUAUGGUACUGGAGGAUAUAGUAUCAGAAGAAGCCUUAUGAGUGUACCAUGGCAAGACCACAUCAUUAACUCGAGUGCUUCAACAAAGACAUUGGCACCCUCCGGCUUCGUUGUAUUCUACACGAAGGAUCAAGAAAUUGAUCGGACUGCUUUUAAAGCACAAUUGAAAAAGAGCGUGUCUCUUGGGCUUCAUCUCUUUUUGCUACUACCCCAUGAGCCGAUUAUAAGAGGGUUCAAAUUACAUGAUACACCACAUGAUAGCUCGGAAUCACUACAAAGUCACUUUGUUACUAUGCGAGAUGCGGGGGGUAUUCCAACAGGGUUACGACACGACGCAUUUCUCUAUGUUGAUGACGAAGCGUCACAGUCUCUUAACUCGGGAAGACCAUUCAUCUGGUUAUGGGAGCCGCAGGAACAGUCCGAGUCACAGGAGCAGUUGGGCCCGGUCAAGGUGGACAUUAUGUAUGUGGCACCGCUACUGUUGAUACGGUUAACGCAGCGGGACAUGGCACUCGAGGGGCGUCAAUUGGAGAUGUGGCGCUGUAAACCAGAUUUGGAAGGCUUUCAUAAAGCUGCGGCCGAGUCAACCAGCUUGCACUCAGCAGAACGUGAUGGAAUCUGGCCCCCGCGCACACUUGCCAUGUAA